GCUCGAACAAUGACUCCCCUACGGCGCCCGGCCGCACGUCGUGACUUUGAGAUUGUAGUAAUUUGCGCCCUCCCCCUUGAGGCCGGUGCCGUCGCCGCCUUCUUCGACCACCACUGGGGCGACGAUCCGCCGUACGGCAAAGCCCCAGGCGACCGCAACGCUUACUCUGUUGGCGCCGUCGGCCACCACAACGUCGUGCUAGCCCAUAUGCCAGGCAUAGGAAAAGCCAGCGCCGCGGCUGUCGCCGCCGACUGUCGAGCAAGCUUCCCUAAUAUCAAGCUUGCGAUUGUGGUCGGGGUCUGCGGUGCUGUCCCGAAUAGCCUGAAUGGCGACGAGAUCCUGCUUGGCGACGUCAUCAUCUCCGAGGGCAUCUUCCAGUAUGAUUUCGGGCGCCAGCUACCUGAACGCUUCGUACCAAAGGAAACACUUUUGGACUCUCUUGGAAGACCAAACUCUGAGAUUCGCGCUCUGCUGGCGAAGCUGAAGAGUGACCGAAAGAUGCUCCAAGAUAAGAUGAUGAGCUAUUUGACUGUAAUUCAAGGCAAGCAAGACCCAGAUCUAGCAGCCGACUACCCAGGCCGCGCCCAUGAUAGGUUGUUUGUAGCAGCAUACCACCAUAUUGGCACCGGGACGUGCCAGGAGUGUGGCUGUAACGGGCCGGUGGUCUCCCGCAAGCGACUCGAGCAGGACAAUUUACGGCCUGCCAUCCACUUUGGUCUCAUUGCCUCGGGCGAUACAGUGAUGAAGUCAGCCAAAGACCGUAACGCUAUUGCGAAGCUAAAGGAUAUUAUAGGCUUCGAAAUGGAAGGUGCGGGGGUGUGGGAUAGCUUCCCAUGUAUGGCGGUCAUCAAAGGCGUGUGUGACUACGCAGAUAGCCAUAAGGCCAAAGCGUGGCAGCGGUACGCAGCGGCGACAGCAGCAGCGUGCAUGAGGGCUUUUUUGGACUACUGGGUGCCUUCGCUACCAGGUAUCAAAGCACUGACGAUAGCUGUAGUUCUUGUUCCUUACCCGAAGAAUGAUAUGUUCACCGGCCGUUCAUCUAUCCUUAAGAAGCUCCAACGGCAGCUUUUCAACUCUGCUUCGCAGUCGAGGAUCGCACUCUUCGGUCUCGGUGGCAUUGGGUUAGUUUACUUAGCUACGUUUCUAGACUAUUCUAACCAAUAUAGGAAAACGCAGAUAGCUCUGGAAUACUCAUACUGGCUUCGAAAGACAUACACAGAAAUUUCGGUCUUCUGGGUUCACGCAAGCAAUACCGAACGGUUCCGCCAGGCGUAUGCUUCCAUCGCGCAAGAAUGCCAGGUCCCCGGCUAUAACGACCCCAAGAUGGAUAUGUUACUGCUGGUAAAGAAAUGGUUAGAGAAAGAGGACUGUGGUAGGUGGCUUAUGAUCAUCGACAAUGCCGAUGACACAGAGGUCUUUUUCAGCCAGCAGGCAGAGCCUACAGUUACCGAUAUAGCUAGUACCGACGGCAACCUUGGACGUUACCUUCCUGAGUGCAACCACGGCGCCAUUCUCGUCACAACUAGAAACAAGCAAACAGGCUUAAGGCUGACACAAGGGAAAGGCCCUAUAGAGAUUGGGAAGAUGGACGAGGAUGAGUCAGGCCAGCUACUCCGUAUAAUACUCGACGAAGUCGACUUCGCUCCCGAGGAACUAUCAAUACUUUCCUCUCGACUAGAGUAUCUGCCGCUAGCCUUAGUCCAGGCAACAGCAUUCAUCCAAGAGAAUACUACAACAAUUGGUGAUUAUCUUCAGCUUAUAAACCAAAGCGGCCAGAAUCUCGUAAAUCUGUUAAGCGAGGAGUUUGAGACAGUCGGCAGAGACUCUGGGGCCCCUCGUGCCGUGGCAGAGACAUGGAUCCUUUCAUUUGAGCAAAUUCAACAGCAGAAUGCCUUUGCGGGCGAAAUCCUAUCGCUUAUGAGUCUCUUUGAUCGGCAGGCCAUUCCAUUGGAAUUUCUUCACCAUUAUAAACAGCAGCAAGUAGGAGAUCAAAGUGGAGAAAUACAGCUCACAAAGGCUUUAGGGUUUUUAAAGGCAUUUUCUUUCGUUACUGAAGACAAAGCCCACAACUUAGAUAUGCACCGGCUUGUGCAGCUAGUUACUCGAAAGUGGCUCAUCAACAAGGGCACAAUGCAGCGAUUUACGGGACAGGCGCUAUUAGCAGUAUCACAGGCUUACCCAUAUGGCAAUUUUGAAAAUCGCACAGUAUGCGGGGCAUACCUUCCACACGCACAUGCUGUGUUGGGGUCCGAAGACGCUGGGUUGAAAGAUGAGAGGGUAGCGAGAGCAUCGCUUUUAUAUUGCGUUGCUGGGUUUUUCUCUUAUCAAGGUCGAUGGAAAGAUGCGGAGGAGUUCCAGUUAAAGGCUGUCAAGUUGCGAAAAGCAGUGCUAGGAGACGAGCAUCCCCAUACGCUGAACGGCAUUGCCAGCCUGGCAUCAACAUACCGGAACCAAGGUCGAUGGAAGGAGGCCGAGAUGCUCCAGGUACAGGUGAUGGAGUUAUAUAAGAAGGUGCUAGGAGACGAGCAUCCCCAUACGCUGAUCGGCAUUGCCAACCUAGCAUCAACAUACCAGAACCAAGGUCGAUGGAAAGAGGCCGAGAUGCUCCAGGUACAGGUGAUGGAGUUAUAUAAGAAGGUGCUAGGAGAUGAGCAUCCCGAUACGCUGAUCGGCAUUGCCAACCUGGCAUCAACAUACCGGAACCAAGGUCGAUGGAAGGAGGCCGAGAUGCUCCAGGUACGGGUGAUGGAUGUAAGGAAAUAGCAACCCUAACCCACACACUCCUUGUACUGCGCGCACACCCGUGCGCGCCCACCACCUGCCACCAACUGGCAGUGCCACCAGAGCCACACUGUGGCACCACUGUGACGGCCCGCCUUACGCAGUAGGGAUGUCAAUGGUUGAAGGCAGUAACGAAUGUGGAUUUAAAGCUAAGGAAGAGAAAGGAAUCUAUCGCGGGGUCCUCGCAGGGCGCGGAGAAAUAGGUAGUGGUGCUCAGUGCGCACAGGCCACACUCUUAACACAAUGCAGCCAAUAGAAUCAAUCCUGUCACAUGAGCCCUAUGGCGACCGUGACA